GUAGAAGGAAAAAAGAAAAUAAAGGCAAGGGUAAAAAAGAGGAUGUAGAAGAAAUAGAGUUAGAAAAUAUACCAAUAAUUACUGGUGAAGAAAAUCAACCAGGAGAACUUGUAGAAAAUGAAUGA